CACUUUACGCACAUGCAUUUUGCCCAAUUUUGUCAUAACGCGACUCAUAUGAUUUAUCAAUAAGCAAGAGUCAGCAGUUCACAUAUUAGGGAAAGCACAUGUAUGUUAAUUAACUGACACAAAUAGCCUUCUCUACAGUAUGCUUAUAUUCACCCUUGUAUAAUUAUGUAUAUCAGGUUAUAUGGUCAUAGUAAUUAUAGGUAAAAACAAGUGUGUAGGGUUCAAAGUGAAGAUGUUAUCACUUACAAAUCACCAAAGUAUAGCCUUGGCAUGGUUUCAAGAUACACGUAUUAAGAAAAAUCAACUGCACAUACCUCGCAUUGGGAGAACGUGGCUUAAUGCAUGUUCUUCAUGCAUAAACCUUUAAUGCGGACUACACAGGUUUAUCUGUGACCACAUUUAAAGCUUAAAUUGUAUUGCUGUUCGUCUCUUAGCAAAAAGGCAUUUUGGGUGGAAAGCGUCGUCACGCGUAAGCCUGUGCGGACUGCUUUACGCACAUGCAUUAAGCCCUGUUUUUCCAGAGCGAGACUCAAAUAUUUCUAUGUUUGCACUGCAUUAUGCUCGUCAUCUAUUACUUCUUUGAGGAUGCAGCCUUUUUAUUCGUAGAAGGGAACAUCCACCAAGAAAAAGAAUCAACCACACAAUACCACUCUGGCAUUAAGAAGACAUAGGCAUGGAUAAAGGGACCCUUGCAAACCAUGGAAAUAAGAUGCCCAUGUGGAUGGUGAUUUGGUUUUAUGCAACCGCCAUCAUUUGUACCAUCGACGCCAGCUUCAUUGUCCUUCGACCACACACGUUGCCAGGAGGAUCCCUGCAUUAUCUUUUCUUUUUCUGUAUGUGGGCUGUUUCGUUACGUUAAGCGUAAGCGAAUUGCUAAAAUGAACACCAGAAUGACAAGCAAGUUUAAAAAUAAAUAUUACAUCCACACGGACCAGAGGUACAACGACGUAUCGGAUUCAUACGUAUACACGCAAAGUCUAAUGAACUACGCAGAAGUCCUUUUAAACAUAGUGACUCUGUUCUAUCACUACCGGAAAUCAAACCUCACCAAGCCUCUUGCGUUCACCGUAUCCGUGAUGACGUUUUGGAAGACGGUUUUGUAUAUAGCCAUGUUCUACGAGCUCGCGGGAGGCAAGGAUUACCGGAUCGGCAAUACUCUUCUCGAGGAGAUGCUGUUGGUGCUGAUUCCCAACGGGAUUUGGCUUCUACUUCCGGGAAUGUGCAUUGUAAAACUUUGGCGAGACAUGCUAUGUAAUCGAACAGAUGAAAUGGUUCGUCUGAAAGUUCAAUAAAUAGUGGGUCUUUGUGAUAUGUUUGGGGUAGAGUAAAGCGUAGAAUAGAAGUGCCCAUAAUAUUCAUAGUGUAAAUUAGAUCAAACUUGAUAAAAUUACCUCAAUGAUUGAAUACAUUUUGCCAAUAAAAUCAUCUGUGGUAGUAAACGUUUUUGUUUACAAACCUGUUUGUGCCAAUCGAAGUACUGUAUCAAUAAUUAAUAUAAUGAAAAACAGUCAUACUGCGACAACUAUAAUGGUUAUCAUUUACAUGUCCUUUUGUUUGCAGAAAGAGAUAACAAACUAAUCUCAAAAUAGUCAUAACUUGCAUCUUUUAUUCCAUUACUGCAAUUGUAUUAAGCCAUGCCAUUAUGUUUAUUGAUUGUGUGUUAAUUUGAUUGUUGUACUGUUAACCGUGUUUAUAUUCUAUAUUUUACUAUAAUAAAACCCAAACUACUAAAACAUUUUGAGAAAAAUUCACAAUGAUAUAUAAAAAAAAAUCCUGUACGAGCAUAUUUAAAAUUAUAACUAUUUUCCACAAUACGAACAGUUUAUAGUGAGUGUAAUACUUUGAUUGUACUACGCUUAAAGAAAAGUUUCAAAAAAUUAAUAACAAAUAAGAUUUUACCCCCAACUGCUUUAAAUUAUCACUUUUACAAGUAACAUAUCAUAUCAUUUACAAUACUCCAACGAACGCCGUUAUAACACAACAAUAAUAAUUAAUGAUGUGUUGACAGUACUUAUUUGUAAUAAAAAUAUGUUGACAACUUUA